AUGUCUGUGAGGAAGGCGGCGGCACCGGGCCCUCAGGGGCACGGGAGGGAAGAAGAGGCGGCUCUGCUCUUCGAGAGGGUCCAUUACCGGCACGACCCGCGCUGGCUGCUGCCCGUGUCCCCGCGCCUCUGCCUGGCCUGCGUGCUGGAGCUGCUGCCCGAGCCCGGCGUGUCGUUGGUGCGCAAGAAGCAUGUGUUGUCCUGCUUCCGAGACGCCCUCGUGAGGCAUGCCUCACUGGUCACGCAGCAGGUGGCUCAGGACCAGAGAGUCUGCAUCCGCUUCAUAAGCAUACUUUUCGAAGUGUUAUGCAAUGUGGAAGAUGGAAGUGUAACAGACCUCUGUAUUGAAGUCCUCACCCAGCUUGUGACGCAACUGAAGCUGGAGCAGACCAUCCAUUGCCUGCUGGAUGAAUGCCACAAAGAGCUUCUUAACAUGCCCUCCAUGCGAGGCAGCCUGGCCACCCUGACUCUUCUCGGCAAGUUGGUGAAUGCCAUCCCUGCUUUGGCAGACAAGCUUGUAAUGGAGCAUGGCAACCUGAUGGAGCAUCUUUUGAGAGGUCUGGUAUACCCCAAUGAGGGGGUGCAAGCUUCCGUCUGUUACGUCUACGGGAAGCUGUACUCCUCACCAAUGGCAGCCGAGGUGCUUUCAGGCCACUUCCGAGAGAAGCUGUGUCCCCUCUUUCUUUCCACCCUGGACAGUGCCCAGACAAAGGAGCUACAGAUCAACUGCUUGGGUUUGCUGAGGCAGCUGCUGAAAUAUGAUCUCUUUGUGUCCAUGAUCAUGAACAAGUCUGCACUGGCAGAAAGUGCUGAGAGUGUUGAGGGGCCACCAAGAGAGACCUCACUUCCUUUGAUGCUCAAAAAGUUCCUCCUCUCUAGAGAUGAGACUCUGCAGGUGGCCAGUACCCAUUGUAUAACUGCGGUGCUCGUCCACUCCCCAGCGAAACAUGCCCCGGCCUUCAUCCAUGCCGACAUCCCAGAGUUCCUCUUUGAGCAUCUUUCCUCUUCCAGUGAAGUGCUUGUCUGGUCCGUCUACAACUGCUUGAUACUCUUGGCAGAAGAACCACUCUUCUUUUCCAAGUGCCACACGGUUUACGGGAUUGAGUCGGUGGUGAGGAGCCUCCAGGGAAGCCUGAAGAUGAACAAUGUGGAGCUGCACAAGCAGGGCCUGCUGCUCUUUGCUGAGAUCCUGACUCGGCAGCCAGAGGAGAUCAAGCUGUUCACGAGUUCAGCCACGUGCCGAGAUGCUGGCCGUGCCCUCCGGGAGGCAGUGAGCAGCCCCGUGCUAGAGGUGGCAGCAGAGGCCGUGAAGGCUACUUCUGCCUUUCUGAGGAAGGACCAUCAGAGCUCUCCACCAGUGCAGUACAGGGAGCUGCAGGCCCUGCUCGAAGCCAUGCUGGGCCGGUGUGCAGACCUUUCCCAGACCCCGCUGAACAGGAGGCCGCUGGGUCAUGCUUCCAGUAGAGAUUCAGAGAAGGCCAUUCUGCGAAGGGGAAAUUUCCUCCUGAGAACUCUGGAGGGAUUUCGAAAUGCCUGCAGGUUGGCUUUGGAAUUCCAGAGUGAGCCUUUAGCCCAGGAGAAUCCGUUCACAGCUCCUAGCGCUGAGAAUGAAGACACCUUGGGGGCCUUCUCAGAAUUUCUUCUCAGUGCCUGUGACUCCCUGUGUAUCCCUAUUGUGAUGAGGCACUUGGAGCAGGCCACCCACCCAGUCUUGAUGGAAGUUUUCAUCUCAAUUCUACACAGCCUCUUUGUCAUUGUUCCCCACAUGAAGGAGAAGUUCUCCAAGAAGCUUGCUGCCUCAUCCUUUAUACGACUGACUCUGGAGCUGAAGGCCAGAUUCUGCAGUGGCCUGAGACACUUGACCCUAAACCAGGUGUGUUCCAGUUUCCUUUGCUACAUGUGCCUCAACCUCCUUUCAGCUCCUGAGAAGACAGAACCACCUUCUCAAGAAGAACUCUCUGCAGUGUCUGAGCUCCUGCAGCAUGGGCUGCCCCAGAUAAGCAGCAGGGGCCCUGAAAGCCUUGUCUUCCUGUCAGAUCAACAGUAUGUGGAGGGAGCUGCUCGCCAGAGACAGUACUGCAUCCUGCUUCUCUUCUAUUUGGCCUACAUCUAUGAGGACAGAUUUGUUUCAGAGGCAGAGUUGUUUGUGGCCGUGCAAAGUUUCCUCCUGUCUCUGCGGGACCAGGGUGAGCAGCCCCCAUCAAUGGUCUUCAGAGCCUCUAUCUAUCUGCUUGCAGUCUGCCAGGACAAAGACAAGGCACUAGAUGAAUCUGUGGUUACUGCUGUGAGAACAUUCCUAGAGGGCAUCCUGGACCUGCAUCUGGUCUAUACCCACCACCCCCUCCUGCUCAAGCUCUUCCUGUUGUAUCCAGAACUGAUGAGUAGGUUUGGGCACCGUGUUCUGGAACUUUGGUUCUCCUGGGAAGAAAGUAGCUAUGAGGAGCUGGAUAACAUCUCCUCUGCUGGGCAGCCCACACUUUCUGCCAGCUUGAGAACCUUGUUCCACAUCAUCAGAAGCAGCCCCAGUGUCCUGCUCAUUUUGCUGGACCUUGUCUAUUCCAGCCGAGAGGACACAGCCCGCAAAGUGCUGAUAGUCCUGAGGAACUUCCUGAGGAGGAAUGAGGAUGUCCAAGUGAGUGGUCUCAUCCGAGGCCACUUUCUGCUGAUCCUACAGCGUCUGUUGGUAGAGCACGGGGCCUCCCCUUCCAAAGCUUCAGGGAACCUGCCAUUGCUGCUGAGCCUCCUCUUCUUAGUGCAGCUGAGGAACGAGUCAGAGCAGGAACUGGACAGCAUGGCCAUGAAGCUCCUUCACCAAGUGAGCGAACUGUGCGGGAAAUGCAGCCCCACUGAUGCGGACAUCCUACAGCCCUCCUUCAACUUCCUGUACUGGAGUCUUCACCAGACCACAUCGGGCAGUCAGAAAAGAGCUGCUGCAGUACUUCUGAGCAGCACGGCCCUGAUGGAGCUUCUGGAGAAGAUCCUGGCCCUCACUUGGACAGAGGUGGACUCUCCGGGGACGGCACUCCUCUGCUCUACCUGGCUGCUCACUGCCUCCUGCUCUGCCCAGCAGCAUAGUGGCAAUCUUCAGGUUCACCAGACACUGUCUGUGGAGCUGGAUCAAGUGCUGAACACUCUCAACUUUCCAAAGAAAAAGGCAGUUCUGCUUUCAGCUGCUAUCUUAUGCUUCCUGCGGACAGCACUGCAACAAGGCUUCUCCUCUGCCCUGGUGGCUCUGGUGCCCUCAGGUCCCCGGCUAGCAUCAGCUCCUGAGGACAGUGUCCUCGCUCCACUGAGAACAUCACAAGUGCUGUCCCUUGUCAUCAGGCUGCAGAACCUCCUGGUGCAGAAGGACCCUCUACUGUCCCAGAUCUGUGUUGGCUGCCUGGAGGCCUUGUUUGAUUACCUGCAUGCUCGGAGCCCAGAUGUUGCAUUCCAUGUGGCCUCCCAGCCCUGGAAUCGGUUUUUGCUGUUUACCCUCCUGGAUUCUGGAGAGAAUUCCUUCCUCAGACCUGAGAUCUUGAAGCUCAUGACCCUGUUUGUGCGGUUCCAGAGCAGCGUCCUCUCUCACGAAGAAGUGGGUCACGUUCUGCGAGAUGCGACUUUGGCUGAUCUCUCUAUGCUCUCAAGCAGCACACUUCAGGCUCUGCAUAGCUUCUUCCUCCAGGUCCAGAGCAUGGGCCUUCUGGCUGAUCCCAGCACUGCCCAGACCCUGCAGGCCUCCUUGGAGGGCCUCUCCCCAAGGGUCUCCUCCAUCCGCCCGACCCCGCAGGACAUGCUCUGCCUGGGAGGGGUGGCCGUAUCCGUGUCUCACAUCAGAGACUGACCCUCAGGGCUUGAAGGCCCAGAAACAGAAAGAACUGCGACCUGGAGACAAAGUCAGGGCCCAAUAUUUGAAGAAAUGGACAAGAAC